AUGGAAGAAAGCCCUAUAACAAACACCCAAGAUAAUACCGACGAGGAAGAUGGAGCUCGAGACUGGGAUGGAACGCUUCACUGGGAUCUCCAACAGCAUCCGCUCUAUAAAGAAGGGUAUCGAGUCCGUGACAUCCUAUUCGUCCAGCGUGCCUUUCUCGCUGCCAUCUCAACUGGAAUAAAGGACCUCGUCAACUGUUUUCUUGAUUACGGAGCGGUAGCAGGAUUUACCUUUCCUGUUAAUGAAAAACACCCACUACCUGUUUCUUUCGCGAUCAGACACGGCUAUGAUGAGAUAUUCGAUUUACUUAUCGAGCACAAGGCCCGUACAUGUGGCGGAGAUGAGUGUCCCAUUGUUGAGGCCGUCAAAUAUCACCGUUUUCAUGAGCUUCGCGUCUUGGUCAGACUUGGAGUAUGCGGGCACUGGGACGAAGCGCUUUCCCUUGCGUUAGAUACUCGGCCCAUGUUUGAUCUUAUGGUGGAAAACGGGGUCGAAAUCAAUAAGUAUGGUCAUGUGGCUUUAUAUGGAGCUAUUACUGGAGGGAAGAAAGACUGGGUUGAGUUCCUCAUCUCUGAAGGUGCUGACCCCAACCUCUGUCUAUCGACGGAAAGCGUUAUUGGAGACGGAGAAAGGAAGUAUAGCUCAAUAUACCAUGCUAUACUUCAUGGUCAUUUGGAUGUAUGCAAAUUUCUGAUUGAGUAUGGCGUACAGCCUGAGGAGGAUGAUCUUCAACUAGCGCGGGAGAAGGAAUACGAUGAAAUUGUGGGUAUUCUCUCUGGGUUUUCCUAUGUGGAUGUGCCUGAAAAGGAGGACCUCAUUACAAGGUGGAUAAACACCCAUAGCUGA